GCCCACUCAAAAAACAUGAUGUUAUUUCGCGGCACUAUAUUAUUGUUUACGCUGUUGUCUUUCACAAUUAUGCAAGUCCAAUGUGCCAGUCAGCAUGUUGUCAACCGGCAAUCGAACCCAGAUUUAAAAGGUAAUCGAAAAGUUCAAUGUAUUGAGAAUGUGGAAGUCAUAGAUGUACAAAGAAAAUCAUCUAAUAAUGGAUUUCACAGGGAUGUAUUGACUGAAGUCAAAAUAUCAGCAUUGUCAAAUUCAGAAUGUCAUCUUCUACAGGUGGAACAUUUACCAAGUACUAUUUACAUCGACAUAUAUCAGAUAGAAUCCAGGCAUAGUGAGACAAAGGUACAACCAGCUCAUU